UUUUCCAACUUUUUUUCUUGAAAGUUCCGCGCGUCUUUUUUUACAUAUCACACGCUGGUGUCACUGCGAAUGCUGUCCGUGGAAACAACACUAGUUCCGCUUUCCUUCUUUGUAGAAAUGUGCGAACGUAUGUCCCUAAAAUAUACAGAAAGCACCCAUGUUUAUUAUGGUUUAAUAAUCAAAAUAUAAGUGGAAUUUGAGGAAAGAAAGGUUCGAUUUUUUUGUUUUGUUUUUAAUGGCGAACACUUCCGGUGUCCGAGUCGAAACAUCAGCUGGUGAAGCCAAGAUGGCGCGCAGCCCGACGGAGUCCCAGCUUCCACUGGGAGAUGAGUCAGUUGCGGGGCCGAGGAGAGGCUCGGCGAGACGCUGUCGGGGGCGACCGAAGCUGACGGAGUCGGACCGCGCGCAGAGGCGACUGGAGUCCCGGAAGAAAUACGACGUUCGGAGAGUUUACCUGGGAGAGUCGCACAAGCUGUGGAGCGAGGUCCGCAGGAAGACGAGUCUGAGUGAUGCGGGUCUGGCGGACCACCUCAUGCUGCUCUACUCCACCUUCGGAGAGAAUCACCAGCGAGGGCACUGUGGGGUGACGGAUGAUGCACAGAAUGUAUGGAGACCGGAAAAAGGUGUGAAGGAGAGUGUGACCAGCUUGCGCAGCCUGGUCCGAUGGUACCAGGACCACUCCGGCUCCUGUCCCGACGAGCCCCACCUGCGAGCGCUGCGGCCUCACUCCCACUGCUCCACCGCCGCCGUCUGGAGGUGUGACUCCGACCACUCCUUCGUGCAAUAUCUGAUCUCUUCGCCGGCAGAGGCCGCCGACUCUGAGCAGGAGGAGGACAAGCGAGAGAAACCAGCCAGAGGUGAUGCGAGCCGGAGGAAACGGAAGCAGGCGGCCGCUCACAAGCAUCCAGGAGCUUUGUUGGUUCCUCUGGAAGAAACGCAGGAGGACGCAGCUGCGACCCUGGAGUGCAGUCUGGAAGUCUCCACCAAAGACCUGCCUCUGACUCAGGAGUCGUCCUGGAACGGGUCGGCAGUGUCCGAGAGCUUGAGCGCUUCCGUUCAUCUGGGCUCUGAGCUGCUGGUGCCAGCGUCCAUGCAAGAGCCUGAGGAAAUGUUUGACCCUCCGAGUCUCCAAAGUGUGGUGGCCGGCGGUGACGCGGUGGAUGAAAGGACAGCGUUGGACGCCUCUCAGUUGAUCAUCAUUACGAGCCCCACGUUUGAGGCUCUGGCUUCAGAGGGGAUUCAGCUCAACAUGGCUGCCGAGGUCAGCACGGCGAUGGAAGGCUACCAGCCGGAAGAGAAGCUUGCAGCUGAGGAGGAGGAGCAGCUGCUGCAGCCUCUGGUCACCAACCUGCAGCUGAGCUGCGAGAGCAGCCGAGGCAGGUCACGGAGGAACAGACGCGGUCAGGUGAUCGAGGCCGACGGCAUGUUGAAGAUGUUCCACUGUCCAUACGAAGGCUGCAGUCAGGUGUAUGUGGCCAUCAGCAGCUUCCAGAAUCACGUCAACCUGGUCCACAGGAAGGGACGGACCAAGGUGUGUCCUCACCCCGGCUGUGGGAAGAAGUUCUACCUGUCCAACCACCUGCAGCGCCACAUGAUCAUCCACUCAGGGGUCCGGGACUUCACCUGCGAGACGUGUGGCAAGUCCUUCAAGCGCAAAAACCACCUGGAGGUUCACCGACGCACUCACACCGGCGAGACCCCGCUGCAGUGUGAGAUCUGCGGCUACCAGUGUCGCCAGCGCGCCUCGCUCAACUGGCACAUGAAGAAGCACACGAGCGAGGCCCACUACACGUUCACCUGCGAGCUCUGCGACAAGCGCUUCGAGCGGCUGGACAGUGUCAAGUUCCACAAGCUCAAGAGCCACCCGGAGAAGCAGAACUCGUGAUGCCUUCAGGGACAUGAAGCCUGCUGUCAUCAUCUUGACCUCGACCGAUGCUGGCGCCCUCCUGUGGCUACUUCAUUGGCUCAUUUGGUUAGGCCCCGCCCCCUCGGAGCGGGUCCAAGCCUCACCUUUGCCAUAUUUAUUUUUUCAUUCAGGUGUUUCAUAAAUGGAAGCAUUUGUGCGUGACGUGAGCACGGUGCAGUUCUCUGGUCUUGGACGUGUCCGCUGACCCAGGGAACCAGUGGGAGGGCCUGUGAAGCUCCGGGCCCCGCCCUCUCCCUCCCUCAAAUCCUGUCUAUUGAAAAGCACUUUCUCUCUCUGAUGUCGACUGAUGCAUUCACUAA